UCGGCUUUCAGUAAAUAAAACCUUCUCUGGGUUUCUCAAUUGCAUUUGCAGAGCGCUCACUCAGACCGAUUCUCAACCCACAAAAUGGGCGCAAGCAAUUCUUCUGAGAAAUCUGCCAAGACGAUGAACUGGGACAAUCUCGGGUUCGGCCUAACUCCAACCGACUACAUGUUCGUGAUGAAAACUAGCGGAGACGGAUGUUUCACCGAAGGACGACUCACUCGCUAUAAAAGCAUAGACAUUAGUCCCUCUGCUGGCAUUUUCAACUAUGGACAGGGUUUGUUCGAGGGUGCCAAGGCAUAUAGGAGAGCAGACGGUCACAUCCAACUCUUCCGGAUCGAAGAGAAUGCUAGGCGAAUGAAAAUGGGAGCCGACAGGCUCUGCAUGCCGUGUCCUUCCAUCGCACAAUUCACCGACGCCGUGAAGAAAACCGUCCUGGCCAACAGGCAUUGGGUGCCUCCAGCAGGGAAAGGGUCACUGUAUCUUAGGCCUUUGCUCUUUGGAAGUGGGCCUGUCUUGGGUAUUGGGCCUGCCCCUGAAUAUAGCUUUGUCAUUUUUGCCUCCCCUAUUGGUAAUUGGUACAAGGCAGGUGCAUCCGCGAUGAACUUGUUGGUCGACAGAAAUGUGAGCCGUGCUGCCCCUGGUGGAUGUGGAGGCAUCAAAAGCAUUACCAACUAUGCACCGGUGUUUGAAGUUGUUAAGAAAGCAAAGGCCCAAGGUUACGCAGAUGUCCUGUUUCUCGAUGCGACCACCGGAAAGAACAUCGAGGAGGUUUCUUCAUGUAACAUUUUCAUUGUUAAGAACAAUGUUCUUUCAACUCCAGCAACACAGGGAACCAUUUUACCAGGAAUCACUCGAAGAAGCAUCAUCGAAAUAGCUACUGAUUUUGGUUACAAGGUUGAAGAGCGUGAGGUUCCAUUGGAGCAUGCCCUAGAUGCUGAUGAAGUUUUCUGCUCAGGAACUGCAGUGGGUAUCACUCAUGUUGCUAGUAUAACCUACCAAGAGAAAAAGGUGGAAUACAAAACCGGAGAAGGAACGAUGUCCGAUAAACUUCGAAUUGCACUUACUGGAAUCCAAACUGGUUCAGCGCAGGACAAGAAGGGCUGGACUGUUCAGCUCGACUGAGUUGUUCAGGAACACGCUCUUAUGGGAAUCUUUUCAAGAAUCGAAAAUCUACCACCAAAUCAUACAUCAAGAAGGAAGAGUUUACCCAUAAAUAUAUAUGAUAAUAAAUAUAAGUAAUAUGCAGGACGAAGAAAGGUUGUACUUGUCCCUUUCAAGGACAUGUUUAAACUCAAGCUAACCAUGAAAUCAUAUAUGUUUUGUUUAUGAUGAACUCACGUGGUUGCAACUUCUACAUAUAUUACAUAUAAUACCAAAAUCGAAAG